UUUGUAAAUAAAACAUAGGAAAGUUGCACCUUUCAACUUCAUUCAUUUUCAUCUGUAUUAAGACAAGAUGGGUUGUUGCAGCUCUAUCCCUGAAGGUCCUGACCUGAGAAUUGUGAUGAUUGGGAAAACUGGAGUGGGGAAAAGUGCUGUUGGAAACACCAUUUUGGGCAAAAACAUAUUCAAAUCUCAUCCCAGCGCUAACUCUGUGACUGGGACUUGUGAAAAGCAUCAACUUCAAGAGAGUGAAAGGUGGAUUCAUGUGGUGGAUACACCAGGGAUAUUAGAUACAGGCAAAAAUGCUACAGAAAUCAAAAACGAGAUAGUGAAGUGUAUUCAGGUUUCAAGCCCUGGUCCUCAUGUCUUCCUGCUGGUGAUCCAGGUGGGCAGAUUCACCAAAGAGGAGCAGAAUUCGAUCGAGGCCCUGGAGGAAAUCUUUGGACCAGAGGCCUCCAAUCACAUGAUUGUACUGUUUACUCGUGGGGAUGAACUUCAGGGUCAAACAAUACAAAAGUAUGUAUGCACCGGUCAUCCAAAGCUUCAAGAAGUGAUUCAACGAUGUGGCAACAGAUUCCAUGUUUUCAACAAUAGAGAUGGGAAUAGAAGGCAAGUUGUUGAGCUGAUCAAAAAGAUUGAUUACAUGGUGGCAGGAAAUGGAGGAAAGCACUUCACUGAGAACAUGUAUCAGGAGGCCGAGAGAAUGAUUAACCAGCAAAAUAUGGACAGGGAAUUGGCAGAACUCCAAACAUACGAAUUCACAUUCCUUGCUGAAUUGCUGCAGAGAGUCAUUGAAUUUCAACAAAUACUUGAUUUAGAAAAUGACUAAUAAAUAAGCAUAGCUGUGGCUAUUUUCUCUCCACGAGGAACACAAUCUGUGACUACUACCACUGAUGUGAAUUAUGAUAUCUUUACCAUUUAGCUUAGGGUAGUAUAACAUAAUAUAGUACUUGAGUAGGAAAUUCUCCUUCUCUAAUUAAACAUUUUCUUUAUUAUUUGAGAUGAACAUUAGUUAAAAUGUCAUGCUAUGUAUUACAAUUCAGAAUGCUGUGAAUACAAUAUGUAGAGAAAGGCGAAAAUGAACUGUGGUAUGACAUGUUGGAUUGAAGUCUAAGUUUACAGUAACACUCAAAUGAAGUCAUGGUGGUAUGAAAUUCAAGCAUAAUCUAACUAAAAAAUAUAUGUAUUUUUGUAAAGAGGAUUGUUUAUUGUUUCACCUAAUCAGAUACACUGUCAUGAACAUGCCAUAUUGGUUAAUAAUAAGGCGUACAAUGCUAUACUGAACAAAAAUAUGAAUGUAACAUGCAACAAUUUCAA